AUGUCAAGACCACAAGGAACCCCUGGAGAGGACCGCCAAGGACCCCUGGAGAGGACCACCAAGACCCCCUGGAGAGGACCACCAAGAACCCCUGGAGAGGACCACCAAGAACCCCUGGAGAGGACCACCAAGACCCCCUGGAGAGGACCACCAAGAACCCCUGGAGAGGACCACCAAGACCCCCUGGAGAGGACCACCAAGAACCCCUGGAGAGGACCACCAAGACCCCCUGGAGAGGACCACCAAGACCCCCUGGAGAGGACCACCAAGAACCCCUGGAGAGGACCACCAAGAACCCCUGGAGAGGACCGCCAAGAACCCCUGGAGAGGACCACCAGGAACCCCUGGAGAGGACCACCAAGAACCCCUGGAGAGGACCACCAAGACCCCCUGGAGAGGACCACCAAGACCCCCUGGAGAGGACCACCAAGAACCCCUGGAGAGGACCGCCAAGACCCCCUGGAGACCCCGGGACAGGACCGCCCGGAGGGACGGGCCUUGUACACAUAUGAAGAUGACAGUGAUGAUUUGACGCUGGCGUCGUCCGGAGGCGGCGGCCUUCCUGAAAUCUCGCUGACCUUCGACAGCAGCCGGGUGAUGUACGGCUUCUGCAGCCUGAAGGAGCCCAACGCCGCCCUGCCUCGGUUCAUCCUCAUCAACUGGGUCGGGGACGACGUGCCGGAUGCCAGGAAGUGCGCCUGUGCCAGCCACGUGGCCACCAUCGCCGACUUCUUUCAGGGGGUGGAGGUCACGGUGAACGCCAGCAGUCUGGAGGACGUCGACCCUUCGGCCAUUGGACAGAGACUCACUAACGGCUCGGCGGCUGCAGCCAGUCCGGUUCUGAUCCGCCUGAGAACCCGGGAGGACGAACAGGGAGACGUGGGCACCGUGUACCAGAAGACCAAUGCAGAGGUGGAGAUGAAGAAAAUCAACAGGGAGGAGUUCUGGGAGGCGGCGAAGCGUGAGGAGGAGCUGAGAAAGGAGGAGGAGAGGAGGAAGGUGGUGGAGGAGCGGCAGCGCUUCGAGGAGGAGCGAAUGGAGCUGGAGAAGAAAGAGCAGGAGAACCGAGAGAGGAGGUACCGCGAGAGGGAGCAGCAGAUCGAGGAGCACAGGAAGAAGAUGCAGGAGGAGGAGGAAGCCCGGGAGCGGCUGCGGAACCAAACCACCAUCGUUACAGAGCCGAGCCUGGAGGACCUGAACCUGGACAAGAAGGAGUCUGAGGUGGAGGAGGCGAAGGCCAUCAUCGCCCAGCGCUCCGGAAACCCUCGAGAAUUCUUCAAGCUGAAGGAGAGAGCCAUGACGUUCAGCGGCGUCUCGUCGCCCGUCUCCGUCCACAGAACCGGAGGGGACAGCCAUGACCGCGAAGCAAGCCUGGAGCGCAGCACGGCCGCCGCCAUGCCCGUUCCCAGGAUCAUCACCACGCCCAUCAGAGAGGACGUCAGCAGGAGCGAGAGCGAUUUGAUGCCAAAGAAGGAGCAGAAGCCUCCCGUCCAGGAGUCGACGCCCACGAAGCCAGUGCAGAGCGUGGCGCCGCAGACCCGCCGCACCGCCGGGUUCAACGCCUGGGAGUCCGGCACCGACAGCCUGGUGGACCUGUGGGACAGCAGCUCCGCCCCUCAGACCUCCGACCCGCCGAACCCCAUGUCGGACAUGUUUGACGACGAGACCCCGCCCGCCGCCGCCACCGGCCGGCCCCGGCCGCUGCUUAGCUUCGAUGACGUGAUGGACGGGACGUUCUGCUCGGGGACGGCUGCCGAGGACGACCCGUCCAGCCUGGUGGACGUCACGGGAUCCGAGCAGAUGACCCUCAGCUACCAGCAUGCACUGCAGCACGCCUCCGGAGAGGGGCGGGACCUGGAUGAUGGACAGCUGCUGAUGACCAACGGCGAGACGCUGCUGAAAGAAGGGACACAGGCAAGUGAAGGCUACUUCAGCCAAUCACAGGAGGAGGAAUUUGGCCAAUCGGAGGAGUCGUCAGCUAAACCUGCGGCGGUCUUUUAUAACAAGCCUCCAGAGAUCGACAUCACGUGCUGGGACACAGACCCUGUGGACGACGAGGACGACUAACCAGCCAAUCAGAGUGAGCGGAGCGGGACGAGUGCUUCAGGAAACAGAUCGCCUUUCUGUUUGUUUUCUUUUUAAAAAAAUGCCAUAAACGAUCCAAAAACAGUAAGAAAGAGUCGAGUCGAUAGGAUGUUAGAAGAAACAGGAGCCUCCAGCAUUAAUCCGUACAGAGGGGCUGACGUUUCCUUUCACUUCGUUUUCUUUUUGUUUGUGCAGGAAAAGACUAGCUGGACCGGGUCAGGCUGGACCGGGUCAGGCUGGACCGGGUCAGGCCGGACCGGGUCAGGCCGGACCGGGUCAGACAGGACUCUGGCCGGACCGGGUCAGGCCGGACCGGGUCAGACAGGACUCUGGCCGGACCGGGUCAGGCAGGACUCUGGCCGGACCGGGUCAGGCAGGACUCUGGCCGGACCGGGUCAGGCCGGACCGGGUCAGGCUGGACCGGUUCAGGCCGGACCGGGUCAGGCCGGACUCUGGCCGGACCGGGUCAGGCCGGACUGGGUCAGGCAGGACUCUGGCCGGACUGGGUCAGGCCGGACUGGGUCAGGCUGGACCGGGUCAGGCCGGACCAGGUCAGGCUGAACCGGGUCAGGCCGGACCGGGUCAGGCCGGACCAGGUCAGGCUGAACCUUGUCAGGCCGGACCAGGUCAGGCUGGACUCUGGCCGGACCGGGUCAGGCUGGACCGGGUCAGGCCGGACCGGGUCAGGCUGGACUCUGGCCGGACCGGGUCAGGCCGGACCGGGUCAGGCCGGACCGGGUCAGGCUGGACCGGGUCAGGCCGGACCGGGUCAGGCUGAACCGGGUCAGGCUGGACUGGGUCAGGCCGGACCAGGUCAGGCUGAACCUUGUCAGGCCGGACCGGGUCAGGCCGGACCGGGUCAGGCCGGACUCUGGCCGGACCGGGUCAGGCCGGACCGGGUCAGGCUGGACUCAGGCCGGACCGGGUCAGGCUGGACUCUGGCCGGACCGGUUCAGGCUGGACCGGGUCAGGCCGGACUCUGGCCGGACCGGGUCAGGCAGGACUCUGGCCGGACCGGGUCAGGCUGGACUCUGGCCGGACCGGGUCAGGCCGGACUCUGGCCGGACCGGGUCAGGCUGCAGCUUGCUGGGUCUGCUCUGGUCUUGCUGGGUCUUUAGAGACCAGACGUCUGUAGUGCUUUGAAAAUAGAGUAUGAAGUAACUCAGCCGCCAUGUAAUCUACUCUCUCUCUCUCUCUGUCUGUCUCUCUCUCCUUUCCUGUGUCACUCUGUCUCUCUCUCCUUUUUCACAUUCCCCCUUUCUUCCAUCCUCUUUCAGACACUUCAUCUUCUAUUAGUCUUUUAGGGGACAAUAAAGAGACCAGUGACGUCUUUUCUUUUUCCUGUCUCUGAUCUGAAGCCUCUUUUUCUCCUUUUCUGCCUGUUUUCACUCCUUUUGUAUUAUUUGAAGCCUGAAUUCCAGAUUAAACGGUUUGCUUCCA